CUCCAUAUUUUAAUCGUGUUAAUGUGCCAUUUUGAUGAUCUUAUGAUUUGAUUACUCUAACCCAAAAUUAUUAGCGAAUUAAUAUAUUGAUUUCUUUUUCCUUUCAGCUUGUUUGUGCAACUGGGUAGCUCCUCUUUUAUUCGUAUCAUCUCUCUCAAUCAUUAAUGGCUCAAUUAGUUUCUGUUUCGCCUUCACUUUCUUCUGCACUAGGUUGAAUUAGAACGACCUAAGUUUCUCUAUCUCGGUUUUUUUGGCUUCACCCUUUUGUUACAACGACAAAAUUUGGUGCGGGGAGCUUGGAUCUAGAUGCGUUUUAAUGGAAUCGCCCUGAUUUAGAGUAUUGGGUUUUGGAUUUUAGCUUCGGCUUGAUACGGUUUUGAACUGGGCAUUGCGAUUUUGUUACAGGGACAAAGUGGGGAAGAGGAAGAUGAAGUUCAAUUGGAAGCUGCCGUUUCCUUUUAAACGCAAUCAUGUAUUGAUUUUGAAGCUCGUUCUUCCUAUUCUCUUACUGGGUAUUGCUUUUCGAUUCCUCUUUGCUAGUUCCGGUGACAUUCCGGCGGUUUUAGAAACCCCUUUAACAGAGAGAACGGCGCCGCCGACGAUUUUGGAAAGCCCUUUAACUGAGCAGAAUGACGUUCCUGAGAUUUUGGAAACUCCUUUGUCUAAGAAGACUGAGGAUUUGCAGGCGACGAUGCCACUGGAAUCUCCGGAGGUUGAAGAUCAGACACCACGUGAUGGGAAGUGUAAUCUUUUUGUUGGGGAGUGGAUCCCAAAUCCAUCAGGUCCUGUGUACAAUAACGAGAGCUGCCCCCAUAUUGAAGCUCAUCAAAAUUGUAUGAAGAAUGGGCGGCCAGAUACAGAAUACCUAUACUGGAGAUGGAAGCCACGGGAUUGCGAACUAUCGAAGUUUGAUCCACAACGAUUUCUUGAGGCGAUGAGGGAUAAAAAAUGGGCGUUGAUCGGAGAUUCUAUAUCUCGGAACCAUGUUCAAUCAUUGCUGUGCAUGCUUUCAACGGUGGAAGUAGCAGUUCAUAUCUACCAUGAUGAAGGAUACAAGUCUAGAAAAUGGAGGUUUCCAUCAUACAACUUCACUGUUUCAGUUAUUUGGUCACCUUUUCUUGCAGAAGCUGCUAUAUUUGAAGAUUAUAAUGGUGUAUCAACAUCUGAAGUUGAGCUGCAUCUCGACAAACUCGAUAAGAAAUGGAUCGACGAGUUCCACGAACAAGACUACAUGAUAAUUUCUAGUGGGAAAUGGUUUGUGAAAUCUGCACUAUACUAUGAGAAUAACAAAGUGCUGGGCUGCCAUUCUUGCCCAAAAAGGAAUUGUACAGAGUUAGGUAUUGAUUUCGCGUAUCGCAGAUCACUCCGGUCUGCAUUAAACUUUAUUGUAGCAUCCAAGCAUAAAGGUAUGAUAUUUAUGAGAACAUCAACCCCUGAUCACUUCGAAAACGGGGAGUGGUCUAGCGGAGGAACGUGCGAGCAAAGGGCACCUAUAAAAGAAGGCGAGAUUGGACUGAAAGAACUGACCAAGAUUCUGCGACACGUCGAAUUGGAAGAGUUCAAGAAAGCAGAAGUAAAAGCGUCACAAAAUGGGAUGAAUCUUAAGCUUCUUGACCUCACCCAGCUUUCAUUGUUGAGGCCUGAUGGGCAUCCAGGCUCAUACAGAGAGUUCCAACCAUUUGCACAUGACAAAAAUGCAAAGGUGCAGAAAGAUUGCUUGCAUUGGUGCCUACCCGGACCGAUUGAUGCUUGGAACGACGUGAUCAUGGAGAUGAUGUUUAACGAAUAAUAAACUUCACCGCGUCGAGCAUGAGAUUUUGCUACAAAAAGGCAAGCAGAUCUUUGUAACUAUAGUUCGAAUGUUCCGUUCGAGUUCAUCGAUCGUAGGAUCGAUUUUGUUCUGUGAUCCUAUCAUAGAACAUUGAGAAUCUUUUUGCAGAAUUUAGACUCCAGUCAACAAACACAAAAGAAUCUUGAAUGUGAUAACUUUGUUCUUUGCAAAUCAAAAAAGCCUUCGAUUCUUGAUUGUGAAGGGAAAGAAUGAAGAUUGUGAAGUGGGUUCCUUUUCUUUAAUUGAACCACAGAUUAUUCA